AUGGCGGGAAAGGAUAUGCGAGGACCGGGGGAAGUCGGUAAGAUAGGAAAGGACACGGGAGGAGCGGGUAAGAUGGGAAGAUCUAAGGGAGAGGAGAAACAGCGUAAAUUAGUGACGGAAGGGAGAGAAGGUGAGAAGAAAGUGACAUUUAAGUUUGGGAAAGAAAUAAGCGAAAAAGAGGAAUGGGAUAAAUUGAAACAGGAGAUAAAAGUAAUUAAAGAAGAAAUUGAGAGAAUGAGGGAAGAGCGUAAAAUCUAUAGAGAGGCAGUAAAUGAAAUAAAAGUGAAAAUUAGAGAUUAUGAAAAAAAAUUGGCUGAACAGGAGGAAAGAAUAGAGGAAUUGGAAAAUAGAGAGAAAGGGAGAGAGUUUAGGGGAGAAGUUGAGAGUGGAGGAGGGAGAAAUGAGAAAGAGGGAAGGAUAUUGAUAGGAGAGGAUUUUAAUAUAAGAACAGGUGAAUUAGGAGGAAGUUGUGAGGAAGGGGAUUUUGAAAGAUUUAGUAAAGAUAAGGUAAUAGGAAAUGGAGGUAAGGAGUUCAUAGAGUGGGUUGAGGAAAGAGGCUGGAAGAUCUUAAAUGGGAAAACGGAGGGAGAUUGGGAAGGAGAGUACACUUAUGUAUGUGCAAGAGGUAGUACGGUCAUCGAUUAUGUAAUAGUGAAUGAGGAAAGCGAGAAUUGUAUAAAGAAGUUCAAGAUAGGAGAAAGAGUGGACUCAGACCAUCUGCCCUUGGAGGUAGAAAUAAGGAUGGAAGAAGAGGAAAGCCGCGAAGAAGGGAAGAUCUCAGAGGAUGAGGAAGAAGAGGAGGAAAUGGAGGUCAUCAUCUGGAACAAGGAGGUUAUAAAGAGCUACAAUGAACAAACAAAGGAAUGGAGCGGGGAAGAAAGGAUAGACGAGCAGGAGGCUAAUUCGGUGGAAUACAGGUGGGAAGAAAUCAAACAAGUGGUAUAUGGAGCUAUGGUCAGAAAGAAAGUAAGGAAGAGGAAGCGAGAGUUAGGACAUAAGGAUUGGUGGGACAGGAGUUGCACAAAGAAGAAAAGGGAGAAAAGAGGCAAGAGGAUGAAUAUAGAAAAUAAUGUAGGGAAAGAGGAAUGGAGAAGUUAUUUCAAGGCUCUGUUGGAGGGCUUGGAGCUGGAGGAAAAGGUAACCAAAGAAAAAGACAAUGAUAAAGAAGAGGCAGUAGGGGAUGGAGAAGAAGAGGAGAUUAAGGAAGUGGUAGUAUGGAGAGCCAUAAAAGGGAUGAAGAAAAAGAAGGCAGCAGGAAUAGAUGGAAUUCCAAUGGAUUUAUGCAGGAGAAGGUCUGAAGAAAAAGUUAAUGGAUUUAAUAAGAUUGAUAUGGAAAGUAGGGACCAUCCCAACAGAUUGGAAGAAAAAUUAGAAGUGGAGGUGGCUAUAAAAGAGUUAUUACCAAAAGGACAAGCUGGUUUUAGAGCGGGAAGAUCAACCCUGGAUAAUAUUUUUGUUUUGUUACACCUGAUGCAAAGGGAGAGGAGAAAAGGAGGAAAAAACGAAAAGGUAUACAUGAUGUUUGCGGAUUUAAAGGCGGCUUUCGACAAUGUGGAUCGGAAUAAAUUAUGGAAAGAGCUAAGAGGAAGGGGUAUAGAAGAGGAUCUGGUGAAAAGAAUAGAGAAGAUAUACGAAGAAACUGAGGUGGUGGUGAGGACAAAACAGGGUUUCACGAAGGCGUUCAAAACGAAGAAAGGAGUAAGGCAGGGAUGCAUACUGAGUCCACUUUUGUUUAAUUUGUAUACGGCGAGAAUAGAAAAGGAAAUGAAAAAGAGGAGGAUAAGCGGAGUAAAAAUUGGAAAUUGUAGAAUAUGGAGUCUGACGUAUGCAGACGAUGUAGUCAUCCUUGCGAAUAAUAGAGAAGCGAUGCAGGAUAUGAUGGGGACUAUAAAGAAAUUUGUGAAAGAAAGAAACCUAGAUUUAAGUGUGAAUAAGACUAAAAUGCUGGUGUUCAAUAGAAAAAAGAAGGAGAAGUAUGAGAAAUGGUCGUGGGAGGGUAAGACAAUCGAAGAGAAGCCGCAGGUACAUACGGCCACGACGGCGAUCAAAGAUUCCGAAGAAGCAGGGAACUCGUUUUCCAGCAGUGAAGACGAGGGAGUCACAAAAGAAAAAACAACGCGAGCUGCACGCGAAUAUCGGGUUACGCAGAUGAGCGGAAAACCGAGAAUAAGCACUGGACUCGACCUAGUAACCCUGCCGAUGCAGGAAGCAAGGAAAGGGAAAGUAAGCCUUCUUGUCGACACAGGAGCAACUCUUACAUUGAUGAAAUUGAAAUAUGUCAAGGACGACACCCCGUUACGAGAGGAUCGUAUGAUCUCUAACGGGAGUAACCGGUCACAAAAUUCAAACUAUUGGUAA